CUCCCUGGAAGUUGCCCCUUCUCUAAUGGCAACUCGCGCGAGACUCGGCCUUCUGACUCACUAAUUACAUUUCUGAUUUUCAACGAAUGGGAGAACAAAUGGCGAGCGUUAUACACGCUGGACUGGUCCUGGCUUUCGCAUUGCUGGCGUUUCAACUCAGUAGCUCCCGAGUCGGCUCGGAGCCGACUCAGGACAGACAGGCUCUCCUAGAUUUCUUGUCGAAGACCCCACACAGCAAUCGCCUGCAGUGGAACGCCUCCUCCUCGGCGUGCUCGUGGGUCGGCGUCGUAUGCGACGCCGGCCGGUCGUCCGUUGUGUCCCUCCGGCUGCCCGCCGUCGGGUUGUUGGGGAAUAUUCCGGCGGACACUUUGGGGAGACUGAGUCAGCUCCGAGUGCUCAGUCUCCGGUCGAAUCGGCUCACCGGUCCGAUCCCUGCGGACUUCUCGAGACUCGUGAAUCUUCGCAACCUUUUUCUCCAGGACAACCGGUUUUCAGGCGGGUUCCCGGCGGGUCUCGCAAACUCGACCCGGUUGAUCCGGCUCGACCUCUCUUCCAACAAUUUCUCCGGUGAGAUCCCGGCGGGAGUCAACAAUCUCUCCGGUUUGAACAGACUCUACUUGCAGAACAAUGGGUUCACAGGGAAAAUCCCCAGCUUGAACCUCCCCGGGCUCUCAGAUUUCAAUGUCUCCAAAAAUCGCCUGAAUGGGCAGAUUCCAAGCACCCUGUCUAAAUUCCCGGCGUCUUCUUUCGCCGGGAACGUCAAUCUCUGCGGCCGCCCACUGCCGCCGUGCAAAGACAACUCCUCUCCCCCUGCCCCUGUCCCUGCCCCUGCCACAUCCCAUUCACCUUCCCACAAGAGCUCCAAGAAACUCUCAACCGCCGCCAUCGCCGGAAUUAUAGCCGGCGCGGUGGCCGGCCUUCUACUCCUAUUACUAAUUAUCUUCCUCUGUCUAAGAAAGAAAACUCAGCCCAAGGCCUCAAACAUGACCGAGACGACCGCGAUUGCAGCUCCGGUAAGACAGGGCGCGGAGGCAGGCACGUCGUCGUCAAAGGACGACCUGACCGGAGGGUCGGUCGGAGGUGAGAGAAACAAGCUGGUGUUCCUGGGCGCCGGCGCCGGCGGAGGGGGGUACAGUUUCGACCUGGAGCACUUGCUGAGGGCGUCGGCGGAGGUGCUGGGGAAAGGGAGCGUGGGGACGAGUUACAAGGCGGUGAUGGAGGAGGGGACGACGGUGGUGGUGAAGCGGCUGAAGGAUGUGGCGGCGGAGAAGGGGAAAUUCGACGAGCAAAUGCAAGUAAUUGGGAAAUUGGUGAACGAAAAUGUGCUUCCGGUGAGGGCUUAUUACUAUUCCAGAGAUGAAAAGCUUUUAGUCUCCGAUUAUAUGCCCGCCGGCAGCUUGUCUGCUCUUCUUCACGGUAGUAGAGGGUCAGGACUUGCACCCCUUGUUUGGGAAAGCCGGGUCCGUAUAGCGCUAAGCGCGGCGAGAGGCAUUGCGUACUUACACGGGGAACGCGUCGUCCACGGCAAUGUCAAGGCGUCCAACGUGCUCCUCAAGCAAGAUAGCCUCGACGGCGUCCGGAUAUCCGACUACGCAUUGAACUCUCUCUUUUCCACCGGGUCAACUCCGGCCAACCGGGCCUCGGGGUACCGCGCCCCCGAGGCGGUCGAAACCGGAAAAGUCACGGCCGAGUCUGACGUGUACAGCUUUGGGGUUCUGUUGCUGGAGCUACUCACGGGCAAAUCUCCGUCCCAUGCUUCACUGAGUGAAGAGGGCGUAGACUUGCCCCGGUGGGUCCAGAGUGUCGUCAGAGAGGAGUGGACCGCCGAGGUGUUCGAUGUCGAGUUGAUUAAGCAACAAAACGUGGAGCAAGAGAUGGUCGAAUUGCUCCAAAUCGCAAUGGCGUGCGUCCCCGUCGCGCCUGCGCAAAGACCGAAAAUGUCUGAAGUCGUCCAGUCGAUCGAGAAGAUUCAUAAGAGGGAGAGCGACCACGGGACCCACCCGUCGUCGGACGAUCCCUCGAGAGGAUCCGGCGGCGUUACGCCGUAGGAUGAUGGAGAUGAAUUAAUGGGUGUAUUGAAAUUCAAACUUUGCUUUGAUUUUUUAUUUUUAUUUUCAUUUUUUUUAAAUGAAAGUUGUGCAAUGUAUUGUAGCUGCACUGCAUGCAGGGAAAAGAUUAUUAAUUGUUUGAAUGUUGUUUUGGGGGGAUACGAAUAGAACUGGUUGGGAUAUGGAAAUGUUGCAAGUGAAAUUUGUAAUAAAUAGGACUAAAACAUAAUGACUUUCCUAAUGUAGGACUUAAACUUUUUUAUUCCUCAAAUAGGACUAAUUAAUGACCUAGUGAAAGGAAUAAUGUCCAGUAAUGAUGGACAUUUAAUUGAAUAAUGACUACUUGAUAAU